AUGGUGGCAUUUCUAGGACUUCUGGUGUUCCCUAGAAAAGACGGGAAUAUUGACAUACGAGUAGCUGGGGUUGUUAGUACUUUGCUCACUCAGCUACCAGCAGGGUUCAAGAUGCCUAAGUUCGAUCUGUAUGACGGGCAUGGUGAUCCGGUAGCACAUUUGAGAGGGUUUUGCAGCAAGAUGAGAGGGGCAGGUGGAAAAGAUGAGUUACUGAUGGCGUACUUCAGCCAGAGUUUGAGUGGGUCUGCAUUAGAAUGGUAUACACGACAAGACCAUGGCAGGUGGUACACCUGGGACGACUUGGCACAAGCGUUCGCUUGCCACUUCCAGUACAAUCUUGAAAUCAUUCCAGACCGUCUGUCAUUGAUAAAACUCGAGAAAAAGCCCAGGGAAAGUUUCAGAGAAUAUGGGUUCCGUUGGAGGGAGCAGGCCGUGAGGGUAGACCCUCCAAUGAAAGAGAGUGAGAUGGUCGAUUACUUUUUGCAGGCUUUGGAGCCGACUUAUUUUGGUCACUUGGUAACAGCGAUUGGCAAGUCUUUUAAUGAGGUUGUAAAGAUGGGAGGCAUGGUCGAGGAGGGACUUAAGUCCAACAAGAUCAUGAGUUAUUCAGCGAUCAAAGCAACCACCCAGGCCAUCCAAAACGGCACUGGGGGUGUGCUUGGGAAAAAGAAGAAAGAAGAUGUUGCGACAGUUGAGUCCGGAGCCUGGUUCGGAUCUAGAGGCCCAUCACCCUACUAUAACCAACCCCGACCCCACCACCAAAAUUACCCACACACUCCAUAUAUCCCCCCACAACACUAUUACCCACCGCCAGAUCCCCAUUUUUCCGUCCAUCAUGCACAAACCUACACCCAAACCCCGGCUCACGCACAAUGGCGUGCGCCGAUUCUACAAAAUCCAUACCCAGCUCCACAAAACACCUAUCCACCCCCAAGAGCCUACAGAAAUCCCACCGGAACAGGUUUCCGACCCAACCAAGCCUUCAAGAAUGAGAGGUUACAGAAGCAAAAGACUUUCACUCCGCUGGGAGAAUCAUACACCAGUCUAUUCCACAGAUUGAGGCAGUUGGGCAUGUUGAAUCUAAUUGAGCCUAAAAUGCCAAAUCCCCCUCCUAGAAAUCUUGACCACUCGGUAAGUUGUGAGUACUGUUCAGGGGCCCCCGGGCAUGAUACAGAGAAGUGUUGGAAACUGAAAACAGCUGUGCAAGAGCUCAUUGAUACUCACCGGAUCGUGGUUCAGGCCCCAGAGGCACCAAAUAUCAAUCAGAAUCCGCUUCCGGCUCACCAUGAGACCCAUAUGAUUGAGUUGAUACACAAGGGAGGGGAGCCUAAGAAACCCUCGCAGACGGUAAUGAUGAUCCGUUCCAGCCAAACCGGUUCAAAAGAAAAGGUAACCAGUGGGAAAUCGGUGGUCCAGUUGAAAGGGGUGGACAGUAAGCCAGUUGUGGUAGCUGAGAAAGGGUCGUCAAGCAUUCUUGCAGUGAAACCAGAACAAGCUAAAGUGGUGGUACCAGGGGUAGCAUGUAAACCUAUUGUGGUCGUGAAGGGUGCUCGCAGAGAGCCUGUUAUUAUAAGGCCGGUAACUCAGCUGCCAGUAAUCAACAGUAAAGUCGUCCCUUGGAGUUAUGAACAAGUGGUAGUGACGUAUAAAGGGAAGGAGAUCAGAGAAGAAGUUUGUGAGGCUCAGGGUCUGACUCGUUCGGGAAGGUGCUUUGCCCCCGAUGAGUUAAGAAAAGCCAGAAUCCCCAAAGAUAACCCGGUAUUGAAAAAGAAAGCCGUGACGGAAGAGGAAGCGGAAGAAUUCUUGAAAAAGAUGAGAGUGCAGGAUUACUCUAUUGUAGAACAAUUAAGGAAGACACCGGCCCAGAUCUCAUUGCUCUCACUGCUGAUCCACUCAGAUGAGCAUCGCCGGGCGCUGAUGAAAAUAUUGAAUGAGGCCCAUGUCCCUGACAAGAUCUCGGUGAAUCACUUGGAGAAGAUAGCAAAUAAAAUCUUUGAGGUGAACAGAGUUACUUUCUCCGACGAUGAGUUGCCCGUGGAGGCCACCCGAGUACUGGUUGAAAUUGGGUCUAGUGCGAACAUCUGUCCUCUGUCCACGUUGAACAAGCUGAAGGUUGACGAUGAAAGAAUUUAUAAGAACAACAUUUGUGUGCGGGGGUUCGACGGUGGGGGCAAAGAUUCAGUGGGAGACAUAAUACUGGAAUUGACAAUAGGGCUCGUGGAGUUCACCAUGGAAUUCCAAGUGUUAGAUGUGGCAGUCUCUUAUAACCUUUUGCUGGGGCGACCCUGGAUCCAUGCUGCCAAAGCAGUGCCAUCUACAUUACAUCAAAUGGUUAAGUUCGAGCGGGACAUACAGGAGAUUGUGGUGCACGGUGAAGAUAAUAUGUGCGCCUUGAGUGAUGCCAUUGUGCCUUUCAUAGAAGUUGACGACGACAAGGGGCCGUGGGUCUACCAAGUCUUUGACACAGUGUCAGUGGAAAAGGUCUCAGAGGGGAAGAGUAUCCCAGUUCCUAGAGUAACAGCUGCGACUGUCAUGGUGGCCUCGAAAAUGUUAAAGAACGGGUUCAUACCGGGUAAAGGUUUGGGUGCUGCCCUUCAAGGCAUUGUGCAGCCAGUUACUCUUCCCAGGAAUCUAGAUACUUUUGGAUCGGGGUUCAAGCCCACAGCUGCGGACGUAAGACGGGCCCGCAAAAUGAAGAAGAGGGCAUGGGUCCUUCCCAAGCCAAUCCCGCGUCUGUCCAAAUCAUUCGUCAGGCCGGGUAUCAGAAAGCAAUUGUUGUCAAAAGUUCCUGGGUCAUUGAUUGGUGCUGACGGAGACUUGGAUAAGGGGUUCGAAAGAUUAUUCGCCGAGGUUAACAUGGUUGAGGCCAGGGAAGGUUCAAGCAAGGCAGAUGUGCAGUUCGCCGGACCACUGCGCUUUUGGGGUGCCGUCUGGAAAGUUGUUGGAUUCAUAGUCAGCCGCCGGGGAAUUGAACUGGACCCGUCAAAAAUCAAGGCUAUUCAAGAAUUGCCACCUCCGAGGAACAAGACCGAGGUGAUGAGUUUGUUGGGGAGAUUAAAUUAUAUCAGCAGGUUUAUUGCUCAGCUCACGACAACUUGUGAGACAAUCUUCAAACUGUUAAAGAAAGAUGCUGCAAUCAAGUGGACAGAUGAAUGUCAGGAGGCUUUUGAUAAGAUAAAGGGGUAUUUGUCGAACCCACCCAUGUUGGUCCCGCCAGAACCAGGGCGACCUCUGAUUCUAUAUUGA